GUGCUGUCGAGGCCCAGGCCCAGCCAUGUCGGCGAUCUUGUGCCAGUGGCUCAACCAAGAGUUGAAGGUGUCGGAGACCGUGAGUCCCAAGUCAUUCGCGAAGGCAUUCUCCAGUGGCUACCUAAUUGGAGAAGUUCUACACAAAUUUGAUCUUCAGGAUGAUUUUUCAGAAUUUUCCGAAAGCAGGGUUUCGAGUGCCAAACUGAACAACUUUUCUCGCCUGGAGCCAACGCUUCACCUGCUGGGCGUGCAGUUCGACCCGACAGUGGCCAACAACAUUAUCACGGAGAAGCCUGGGGCCGCGACGACACUUCUGUACCAGCUGUACACUGCUCUUCAGAAAAAGAAGAAGGCGGGGCUGACGGGGAUGGAAAUGCAGACCAUGCAGCCCAUGACCACCGUGAGGCUUCAGAACAUGAAGAGCGUGGCUUUCCAGGAUAGACUUAGAAAACUGACACCACGGCAAACUGAUUUCAGUCUGAUGCGGGUUUCAGACAGGUUUCAAGAGAAAUAUAUACACACGAAAGAAGAUCUUGUCCGCAUGCAUUUUGAGAAACUUGAAAAAUUUCAAAAAAUCAAGGAAGAACAAAGAUGUUUUAAUAUCGAAAAGCAACGCCUGAGCAGAAGACGGCAAAAUGAAAUUAUGGCCAAAAUCCAAGCGGCCAUCAUACAGAUCCCCAAACCUGCCUCCAGCCGCACUCUGAAGGCCCUCGAGGCCCAGAAGAUGAUGAAAAAGAAAAAAGAGGCAGAGGAUGUGGCCAAUGAGAUUAAGAAGUUUGAAGCGUUACUAAAAAAGGAUCUCCAGGCGAAAGAAAGUGCAUCCAAGACUGCCUUAGAUCCAGCGGGCCAGACAACCGCUGAUUUGUUAAGCACUUACUCAGAUGAUGAAUACAUUAAGAAAAUCCAAAAGCGCCUCAAAGAAGAUGCUUUUGCACGAGAACAAAGGGAGAAAAGGCGGCGGAGACUGUUAAUGGACCAGUUAAUAGCCCAUGAAGCACAAGAGGAGGCCUACCGGGAGGAGCAGCUGAUCAACCGGCUCAUGCGGCUGUCCCAGCAGGAGCGCCGGAUCGCGGUGCAGCUCAUGCACGUCCGGCACGAAAAGGAAGUUUUAUGGCAAAACAGAAUUUUCCGAGAGAAGCAAUAUGAGGAAAGACGACUUAAAGAUUUCCAGGAUGCUCUUGAUCGAGAAGCGGCUUUGGCAAAACAAGCCAAGAUUGAUUUUGAGGAACAAGCCGUCAGAGAGAGGGAGAUUCAUGAACAGAUUGCCGUGGAAAGAGCUCAAGCUCGUUACCAAAAGCAUUAUUUAAUAUGUGCAGAAAUUUUGGAUCAAAUACUUGACUUGUCUGUUAAAGUGGCAGACUAUCGAAUGUUGACGAACAAUCUGAUUCCUUAUAAAUUGAUGCAUGAUUGGAAGGAACUGUUUUUUCAUGGAAAGCCUAUUUAUGAGCAAGCCUCUAUUAAAGAUCUACCAGCUAAGCCUACUGAAGAACAGCUUAGAGAACUGGAGAAAAGGGACUUGCUAGAUAACAGUGAUUAUGAAGAAUACAAGAACAUGGUUGGACAGUGGGCCCUACCAGAAGAAAUGGUUGAUAAUUUACCACCUUCCAACAAUUGCAUAUUGGGCCAUGUGAUUCACAGACUAAUUGAAAAAUCUCUUCCCCUUCAAGUUGAAAAAUCAGUACCUGAAUUACCUUCAUUUGCAAUUAAAGGCUGCUUGUUGGGGAAAACACUAAGUGGAAAAACUACUGCCUUAAAGUCUCUACAAAAAGACUUUCCUAUUCAGAUACUUUCUAUCGACACCCUUCUCCAAGAAGCUAUCCAAGCAUUUAAGGACAAAGAAACAGUCAGUGAGGCCCUUCCAGUUCAGCCUGAAGCCGAAGACAAGGCCACGUCAGCCCCGCACAGUAACGAGAGCCAGGGUCUGCAAAAUAAAAGUUCAGCUGAUCUAGUUUCAGAGGAAGCAUUACCAGAAACAGAAGAUAAAUCUAUACUUAGUACUGAUACCAAUAAAACACCAAAAGCUGACGAAGUCAAACCAAGUGAUAGUUUCUCUAAACUCACUGUCCGUGCUCAACUUGGUGCAAAAUCAGAAAAAUUGCUGAAGAAAGGAAAGAGUGUCCCUGACAUAUUGCUAGUUAGCAUCAUGGUAAAUGCUAUUAAUCAGAUACCUGUGGACCAAGGCUGGGUUCUGGAUGGUUUUCCAAUGACAUUAAACCAAGCAUGGCUUCUGGAGGAAGCACUCACAGGCCGCAGCAGAAACCUUGCGGAACUGGAGAGAGAGAAAGCACAGAAAUUCACCUUGGCCGUUGACCCUACAACUGCCAAAGAAGUGCCCCCUCCCCCUGCCACAUUUGAUUUUGUCCUGUUACUAGAUAUUUCAAAUAAUUCCUCACUGGGUCGCAUGAAUGACAUCAUGGCUGCAGCAUUUUCAACUGAAAGCUCUCACGAAGAUAUCAACCAACGGGUAGCUGCCAGAAGAGAAGAUACAGAUGGUGACCAGAAUUUAAGAGACCAAAUACAGCACAGAAUUAUAGGUUUCUUGGACAACUGGAAUUCAUUGGAGCAGUGGUUUACAGAACCAGAAAAUAUUUUGAUAAAAAUCAGUGCUGAAAUAGAUAAAGAGUCUUUAUGCCAAAAAGUAAAAGAAGUGCUUAUUAAUGAAAUGGUAAAAAAGGAGAACAAAGUCAAAAAGAAAUUAGAAGAAAACGAAGCUGAGAAAAAAGAAGAAGUUUCUCUGGCUGAGUCUCCACCUCUGCCACCUCCCGCCCCUCCUCCUGAACCAGAAAAAGAGAAGGAAACCCAUCCUCUGCAGCACUCAGUAACUCCUCCUGCGAAAGGAAAACCACCAUCAGAGCCCACACAUGGUGUGAAAGAAUCUCAUCAGGAAGGAAAAGGGAAGAAAGGUGAAACUUCACUCAAAAGAAAAACUACAACAGAUAAAGGUUCUCCUAAAGGAAAACACGCAGGAGGAAAAGGGACAGGAAAGAAGUCACCUGCUGAGUCCACAGUCAUGUCACCUACCACAGUCCUGCCACCACCUAAGCCGGGAUCAGAAGAAUGGGUCUACGUGAAUGAACCAAUUCCUGAGGAAAUACCUUCAUUUUUAAUACCUUACUGGGAACUAAUAGAAAAUUCCUACGUAAACUCCAUCAAAACAGUGCUCAGGAACCUGCGAGAAGACCAGCAUGUUGUCAUUGCUUUCUUAUAUGACAUCAGAACAAGUUUCCAGCAGUUUCUAAGGCGGCCAGAUCACAAGCAAGAUUUUGUAUCUCAAUGGCAGGCUGAUUUCAACUCUCUUCCUGAGGACAUGUGGGAUGAUGAGGAAAUCAAGGCGGAAAUACAUGAGAGAGUGAAUGACUUACGAGACCGCCUGUGGGACAUCUGCGAUGCCCGGAAGGAGGAGGCGGAGCAGGAGCGGCUGGACAUCAUUAACAGCAGCUGGCUGCAGGACACCAUCGGGAUAAUGAUGAACAACUUCUUCUCGCUGAUGCAGGCAGAACUGAACCGUUUUCAAGAUACAAGGAGAUUCCUUCAAGAUUAUUACAGGGCAAUGGAAUCCAAAAUCCCCAUAGAUGACAGUAAGAAAUUCACCCGCAUCCCAUUGGUCCAAAUGGAUAAUAAGGACAUUCUGGAAAACCAUCUUAGAAUUCCUCUAGUUUCUCGAGUAUCCAUUUCUCCAGAUUCAGCUGCAUUCAAACCAAAACUAAAAACCAUACAGAAGGGCAAGAUCGAUUAUUCGCUAGAAAAAGUGGAGUUAAACUUUGAGGCAGAUCAGAAGUUGAUAAUGGACACGUGGCAGCAGGCUUCUACCACAAUCACUCACAUGGUGGCUGCUGAAGUUCACCAGAGGCUCCUGGAAGAGGAAAAGGAGAACCAGCCAGCAGAAAUAAAAGACAAGACUCCUCAGACAAAUGUUAAUAAAAAAGUCAAAAAGGAACCACCGCUCCAGAAAAAAACUUCAGGGAACAAAGAGAAAGAUAAAUCAUCACCUUCAGAUAAAUCCUCACCCACUGCCAUGACAUCAGAGGAGAUGGCCGAAAUAGAAAAGAAGAAUGAACUGAGACUCAAAAUAAAGGAAGAACACCUUGCCGCCCUGCAAUUUGAAGAGAUAGCCACCCAGUUCCGACUGGAACUGAUAAAGACAAAAGCGUUGGCUUUCCUUGAAGAUCUAGUAACCAUGAUGGUUGAUGUGUAUAAUCUCAUGGAAAAGUGGCUUGGCGAGAGGUACCUGCUUGAAAUGGCCAGUGUGAAAAAAUUAACUGAGGUAGCUCGCUAUCACAUUGAAACGUCUACAAAAAUCCAGAACGAACUUUACGUCGAUCAAGAAGUCUUCUUCAUUAACGGCGAUAUCAAAGUCUUCCCGGACCCCCCUCCUCCGAUUCGCCCUCCCCCUGUGGAGAAGGAAGAAAAUGGCACCCUGACCAUUGAGCAGCUCGACAGCCUUCGAGAUCAGUUCUCAGACAUAGCACCCAAAGGCAUAAUAGGAAAUAAAGCAUUUACUGACAUUCUUCUUGACUUGGUAACCCUGAAUCUCGGGACAAACAGCCUUCCUAGUAGUUGGAUGCACCUCACUCAACCUGAAUUGCAGGAGCUAACAUCUUUACUGACGGUAAACUCGGAGUUCGUGGACUGGCGGAAAUUCUUGUUAGUGACCUCGCUGCCUUGGCCCAUCCCCCUGGAGGAGGAGCUCCUGGAGACCCUGCAGAGGUUCAAGGCUGUGGACGAGGAGCAGUCGGGCUUGGUCACUUUCAAGCAGUACAUGCAGGCUGGUCUGUGGUUUACAGGGGAUGAAGAUAUAAAAAUUCCAGAAAAUCCUCUUGAACCGCUGCCAUUCAAUCGGCAGGAGCAUCUUAUAGAGUUUUUUUUUAGGCUCUUUGCUGACCCUGAGAAGGACCCACCCCUGCUUGACUACACGCAGAUGCUGCUUUAUUUUGCUUGCCACCCACACCCUGUGGAAGGGGUCUACAGGGCCCUCAGUGUGGCUACUGGGACUCAUAUCUUCCAACCGAUCAAAACCGCUACUCCUCCUGCAGAAGAGACCUACUUCUUCACCGAGGAGAGCCCAGUCCAGGAGUGUCCCGAGACUGAGAACUUCGUGAGCGGGGAACAGGACCUCAGAGAGGAGAGAGAACGGAGAGAGGUGAGGGAGGACAAGGAACAGGAAGUCCCUGAAAAUGCCAACACGGAGAGGAUCUCUGUGGAGACGCUGCUCAAAGUGUUCCAAGGACAAAGCAAAGCACAAGACGCCAACCGCUUCGCCAGCCACCUGAUGACAGAGAACAUUUACGCAGAGAACUUCAUAAAAGUAUUUCAGGACCUGGGUGCCAAGAAUCUGGAGCCAAUGGAAGUCACUGUUCUUUUGAAGCAUCCUUUUAUUCAAGACCUGAUUUCAAGUUAUCCCGCCUAUAAAAUUCCUGAUAUUAAAAUAAUUCUCCAAAGGAAUGAGCAUGUGCAAGGAAGUGAUGAAGAGAGAUCUCCCUCAAGACUUACAGAGGAAAAGAAAUGA